GGUAAGAUGCAGGAGGGUUAGCAGCCGGUACGGGAAGGGCAGGGGCGUCUCAGCUGACGGACGUCAACAAGCUUGGCGCCCACCACGCCGUCUGGAGCCACGAGGGUGUUGUCCUCGGGAUUACGGCUGGGAUGGAUCUUGCGGCGGACUCUGGGAAGAGCAGGUAUGACAAAGAGAAUGCUAACACAAGCAUGAAGUAUACCUGCUGGAGUCUUGGGGGUGAUGUUAGCACCAACCCGCCCCUCCUGGCUGACAUGGGGGUGGCGGUGUUGCAGGAUGAGGAGGCUUCCUGCCAUGCUCCUUCUCCCUCUCCCUUCUCCAAUCUACACCACGUGACGAGUUCCUCUCCAUCUCACAAGGUUCUGCAGCAUGUUGACCAAAACGUCAGAAGUCAGGACACCUUCCUGACUGAGAGCACCACCAGCUCGGCAGAGUUUUUUGUUUAUAAGCGCAGAAAAUUGGACACUAUUGGUGGAGAUGACAAGUUCAACAGAAUGUCUGAUGAACUGAUUCUGGCAGUGUUGCGUUGCCUCCCGAAGUUUAUGCUGGCCAGGUGUGCACAGGUGAGCAGACGCUGGAAGAGGCUGGCUUUUGAUGAGUCAUUAUGGCGAAAACUUGAUCUUGGUGGCAAGACACUGAAGCCAGGAGUGGUGGGUCGAGUCAUCCUUCGAGGGUGUGUCAUUCUCCGCUUAGCUAAGGCAGAGGUGGGCACACCGAUCUUCUCACCCCAGUUGCAGCAUCUGCCCACCUUGCUGCCAGUGAGGAGCAAGCUGCAGUACCUUGAUCUCAGCAUGGCAGUGAUCCAACCACAGGCUUUGGAAGAAUUGCUGAGUGUGUGUUUUGAUUUGAAAAAGUUAAGCUUAGAACACUGCACCCUAACCCAGAGUGUUUGUUCAUACAUUGCAAAGAAUACCUCACUGGAGACCCUUAACCUUGCCAUGUGUUAUGGCUUGUGUCAUUCUUACAUUGUUGAAAUCCUGACACAAUGCAAAAGAUUGCAUUGUUUGAAUCUGGCCUGGACAGGGCUGAGUUCAGAGGAUCUACGGGUGAUUUGCCGUCGCUUCCCUGCCUCUCUGGAACGGCUCAACCUGUCAGGCUGCCGCAAUACCCUCUCAGACUCACAUGUCCGCCUUCUGUCAGAGCAGAGCAGCGGCCUCGUAGAGUUAGACGUGAGUGAUGCUACCCAGCUCACUGCCAGUGCUGUGUCCUCCAUCAUCAAGCACCUCACCCGUGCAGAGUAUCUUGCUUUCUCCCGUUGCUAUGCCAUCCAACCAGACACCUAUCUAGAGCUGAAAGCUAUGCCAAACUUACUGUACUUGGAUUUGUAUGGAAUCUUAAGUGACAGUGCCUUGAACACUCUGCGACAGUCCCUCCAUCAGAUCAAGAUAAACAAGUAUCUGUUUUCAUCUGUGGCCCGACCCACAGUUGGCAUCCGUCGAACCUCAGUUUGGGGGUUAAGGGUCAGAGACUGAUAGCGUCACCUCAAAGACUAGUUUGGGGGGGAGCAUCUACUGUUCUCUGUGUGAGUUGCUGCUAUGCAGUAGUAAAGUCAUUCUCUCAAUUCCUUCCUCACACACAGAUGCCCUUGGGACCUGCCGAGCUGAGCCAGUCAUCGAUGAAUGGGUGGUAAGUGUGGCUUAUCAGAUGUGUUCACUAUGUGAUAAUGUGCUUAAUUCUAAUGUUGUUUUAGUAUUAAGGGUUGUAAUAUUGUUUAAGUUCAUAGUGAAGAAGAAAUGUGUCAGCUCAACAAGCUAUUCUCAGUAUGGUGUGACCACUGCUCAUCUUUUGUAGCUUGUUGGUAGGUGAGAUAAGAAAGCACCAGUGUUGUUAAAAGUUAAGUGUAUUAAUGAGUGCCUUAGAUAUUUGAGAAGCAAACUUGAAAUAAUUUAUUCAACAAUUUUUUUUUUUCUUGUUAUAGUAAAUGAUUUGGCUUGCAUUAUGACCUGAAUGACAUUCUUUGGGUACGUGUCUUGGUAUUCAGUAAAAAUUGAUUGUGCCAGGUACAAGUAUAGUAUGUUAUUGUAAGUGUUCCUUUCCAUCUUAAUUAUAAAUGGAUGUAUUGUGUGACUAGUGCAAGAAGGCACAAAGAGAGUUGUACCAAAGAUGUACUGAGCAUGUACAGACAUGACAUUUUACUCAACUGCAAACCAUGAAGACCUUUGUACAUAAACACACAUACUACUACAUGAGGCAUCCUGUGGGGAAAGCCACUUGUUUACUUUAUCUUACAAAGUAUGCUGGAAUUGUAUAUCUUCCUUAAAAGAUAACCCGGAAUUGUGCAAAUUAGUUGAAAAAAAAUGUGAUAAGUUGUGAAUUAUAACUUUAAUUAUAGUAUUGUAUUAAUGGCUGAGGAAUAAAAGAUAUCAAUUUAUUAAUAUACCAAUUAGGAAAAACGUAUGUAUUUGAGUUUGAUAUGAUGCUGUCCCACUGGAUGGUCUCCCAGUCACACAGAAUACUGAUGAUGGCAUUUAUAUUAUAAAGAAGGAGUCUGUGGGUUGUAAAUACAUCCCUUUAUAAUUUUAUGAACAUUAUUGUCAGGGUCUUGCUGAGGAAGGUGUUUUGAUGGAAUUCCAUGUACAUAUUAGUUGCCUUGUCCAACCUGACACCACCUUGCAGGGAGAGGGGGUUGAGGUGCCUUGUUCCACUGCCAUUGUCUCCAUGCUCAUUCUCAACAUUUGCUGUUUUAUUUUUAAUCAUUGGAGACUUAUGCUUGAUAGAGUGUAUUAUAUUUCAAAUUGAACAUGUUGGCAUACAUUUUCUUUUUUAAAAA